CGCAUAAACAAGCCGGUUUUAGUCAUGCAAAUGGGCGUUUAAUUGUUUGAGAAUUUGAAGACGCUUUCAACGACAAAAAUGCGGAUGCGUGGGAAAAAGAAUCUCAUUAUUAAACUAGUCGUAUCUUUAGUGAUUUCUUACGUUCUUUUUCGUGCCAAAUGGCAGUCUGCCAGUUUCGGAACCUCAGUGUCAGAAAAUCCACACCAAGUUUGGGAAUUUGUCUCUGAUCUAAACAAUGCUAAAUUAUUAAACCCAUCAAUCUACGACUUCUACAUCACUGAACAUGAUAAAGGAAACUAUGAACAUUGGGAGUAUGGAGCUGUCAUUUACGAAACAAUGUCCUUCAUCCCCAUUCUGACUAAUGUCAACUAUGCUGAUUUCACACUGAAAACAUCUCCAAAUAAGGAUUAUUACAGAAUUCAGAGCACUUACAAAACAUGCUUCUUCAGAUAUGCUUGCUUAAAUAGUAAAUCUGAAAUGACUUUCAGUAGUAAUGUUGCCUAUGGAGGAACCAAGUUCCACGAAACUAUAGACUACCAAUGUCCAUUCAUCCUCUCUUGGUUAUGUUCAAGAGAACUGACACACCAGAGGAAUGAGUGGAUGCACCGCUUGGAAAAAAUCUACCAGAAUUGAGCAACUUAGACUGAGGCAAUACAAAAUAGGUAUCUUGGGAGUUGGGACUGCUUUAGAUCUACAAUAGGAUAGGACAUACCUUGUUUUAGUGCGGGAUCAAUAAAGCGGACAGUUAACGACGUUACGUAAUCUUGGGAGACUUUUGUCUCCUUACCCUAGUUCCUGAUACUCAUCGCUUAUAGAAACAAAGUAAAAAGAAAAAAAAUUAUUACAUGACAUUUUUUAAUUUUAAAAUUUGCAUAAUAAAAUUUUUACCAACUGUGCUCAAUGAACGUUAUUGAUUUAAUUACCAAUAAAUCAUCUUAGAUGAA